GCAAGUGUGCGACAAGCCAUAUUAUGCAACAAUGACGAAGGAGCGAAGAAGAAAUGACCGGGCAUAAACAUGGCGUCUGCCUUAGACGACGAGGAGAUUUCCAGUGAUGAUUACUAUUCUCUAUUAAAUGUCCGGCGAGAGGCAACACAGGAGCAGUUGAAGGCGGCGUACAGGCGGUUAUGCAUGUUAUACCACCCAGAUAAACAUCGGGAUCCAGAACUAAAGCGCCAAGCGGAGCAGCUUUUUAACCUGGUACAUGAAGCUUACGAAGUGCUUAGCGAUCCGCAGGCACGAGCAAUCUACGAUAUCUAUGGCAAGCGUGGGCUGGAUGUUGAUGGGUGGGAGGUGGUGGAGAGGAAACGAACUCCUGCAGAAAUUCGAGAGGAGUACGAGCGUCUUCAGAAGGAGCGUGAGGAGAGGAGACUCCAGCAAAGGACCAACCCCAAGGGAACAAUUAGUGUGGGCGUUGAUGCCACAGACCUCUUUGAUCGCUACGAGGAGGACUAUGAAGACAUGGUUGGAGGCGGUGUCCCACACGUGGAAAUCAACAAGAUGCACAUAUCACAAUCCAUAGAGGCCCCUCUGACCACAAAUGACACAGCUAUCUUGUCUGGUUCUUUGUCGACACACAAUGGAAAUGGAGGCGGGACUAUUAACUUGGCCUUGAGGAGAGUCACUUCAGCUCAGGGUUGGGGGGAGAUAGAGCUUGGCGCUGGAGACACACACGGACCUCUCUUUGGAAUGAAGAUCUUCCGAAAUUUGACGCCACGCUUCUUUGUGACGGCGCAGUGCGGACUCCAGUUUUCGUCCCGGGGCGUGCGUCCUGCCGUCAGCACGGUGCUGGCCCGUCACCUGGACAAAAACACGAUGGGUUACCUGCAGUGGCGUUGGGGGAUCCACUCUUCCAUGAAUACCAGCAUUGUCAGGGACACCAAGAGCAGCCAUUUCACCUUCGCAGUGCAGCUGGGCAUUCCGCACACUUUUAUGAUGAUGAGCUACCAGUACAAGUUCCAGGAUGAAGACCAGACCAAGAUUAAGGGCUCAAUAAAGUCUGGUUUCUUUGGGACUGUGCUGGAGUACGGCGCUGAGAGGAAAAUCAGUCGACACAGCAUUUUAGGAGCCACAGUCAGCAUCGGGGUGCCACAGGGUGUCUCGCUCAAGGUCAAACUAAACCGAGCCAGCCAGACAUACUUCUUCCCGAUUCACCUGACUGACCAACUUCUGCCAAGUGCUGUAUUUUACGCCACAGUUGGACCGCUGGUCGUCUACCUCGCAAUGCAGCGCCUCAUUAUCCGGCCAUACGUGCGGGCCCAGAAGGAACAAGACUUGGAGAAGCAGCGUGAAAGUUCGGCCUCAAACAUAGCCAAAAAGAAACAGGAGGCUGAGGCGGCGGUCUUGCUCAUGCAGGAGUCUGUACGGAGGAUCAUUGAAGCCGAGGAGUCUCGAAUGGGUCUCAUCAUCCUCAAUGCCUGGUAUGGCAAGUUUGUGACGGACAACAGCCGGAAACACGAAAAGGCCAAGGUGAUUGACGUGAGCGUGCCGCUGCAGUGUCUGGUGAAAGAUUCCAAACUCAUCCUAACCGAGGCCGCAAAGUCAGGCCUCCCUGGUUUCUAUGACCCCUGUGUGGGGGAAGAAAAGAGCCUCAAGGUGCUGUAUCAGUUCCGUGGCGUCAUGCAUCAAGUCCUGUCAGGAGACUCCGAACCACUCAGGAUACCAAAGCAAUGUGAGACCCUCCCAGUUACUUCCAAGCACCUAAGCUGCAUUUCCACCAAGAGGUCCAGUUCACUCACAGGAUUGAUGCAGACACAUAGGAGUACCUGUAUUGACUCCCCCUCACCUCUCUCAAAAAAGCCACAUCUCUCAGCUCUUCAAGGAGACAGAUUCAUCUUUGUUUUAGAUAAAACAGGGAGCAAGUCUUGGUCACCAAAAAGUAUUUCUCUAUCCUUGGUCUUUAUGUAGAUCAGUUAAACAUGCAGAAUGGUAAAUGAAGCAUUACAAAGGGUAGCCGUGGACAAUGUGACUCUAAAAUAAAUGAUUACCAUCUUCUUAAAGCCUACCCGUUGUACAUUUACUUGAGUUAAGUUUCAUAAACAACUUUUGUGACCAAGUUGUUUGACAUUGCAGUGCCUAUGUGAUUUAAAACAUAAUUGCGCCUGUUUGCUUGCCAUAAUAUUAAAAUUGUUCUCUGGCAUGGUUAA